CGAUUACAUCAGUCUCGCUCGAUUACACGCGCGUCCCCCUUUGCCAUUUUCUUUUCCCUUCAUUUGCUAAAUGCGCUUGCUCAGUUCCAUCAUAUUCUACCGCACUGUAAAGUGUAGAUGUGGCUGUAGUUUUCGAAGCUACUUUAAACCCACGACUAAAUAAGAUCAGAAUGAAAGUUUUAUGGUUAUGCAUGCUUUUGACGCUUACCUUUGCCCUAGGAAACCAGGAAGAGCGUCUUCCAAAGAAAUGCGAAGUUUGCAAGUUCUUGACAGUAGAGUUGCAAGCAAGUUUGGAAAGGAGUGGCCGCUCUAAAGAGGUUCUGGAGGUUGGAGAGAUACUGGAUACUGGAAAACGCAGGCGCAAAAUCAAGUACAACACCUCGGAAACACGAUUAACAGAGGCUAUGGACAACAUCUGUGAAGGUAUACUGCAGUACAGUGUCCAUGCUGAAAGACCUGGGAGCCUCCGAUAUGCUAAGGGCACCAGUCAGACUAUGAGCACACUGAAGAACCUGGUUAAUAAAGGAGUAAAGGUGGACCUGGGUAUCCCCUAUGAGCUCUGGGACGAGCCGUCUGUUGAGGUGGCAGACAUGAAGAGACAGUGUGAGACUAUGUUGGAAGAGUAUGAGGAGGUGGUAGAGGAUUGGUACUUCAAUCACCAGGAGGAAAGACUGGAGAAGUUCCUUUGUGAAACCCACAUCUUGAAAAACUCAGACUCAGAAUGUCUGAAGGAGACAUGGAAGGGUGACAUGGGGAUGAAGGAGGUAACCAAGGAGCCCGAGAGCGAGGCAGAGGGCGAUAAGCAAAUGCAUGAUGCAGCAGAACUCUGACAGCAGAAUGCAACAUGGCUGAUGAACUCAGCCAGACAGCUGGGCGCUACAGUCCUCAUGCUACAAUAAAGCCUACAAUAAGUGAUCCAGAAAGGCCAAGCCAUUCAAAAAACAUUUACUUUUUUGUUUGUUUGUAUGUUUGUUUUUGGUAGCAAAAGGCAGCACUACAGUGACUAAUCAGUGUCACUUCCAGAAGUUUCUAAUAUGUAUGGGCCUCUCUGUCCAGUUUGUUUUGUAUCCCAAUCAGUCAAUCUCAAACAGCACUUUCAAGCAAUAACAAAAAGACUCUUUUACACUGUGACAGGUUGUACUGGGACACUGUUACUAUGAGAGCCAGCCAGCCCUGACUGUUAUGGGAUUCUUGAGGUUCAGAAGUUCAUGUCAUCCAAUACUUGGUUCUGAAUCACUACAACUCAUAUCUUGGUUUACAUCUUAAGGAAUGUUAUAUCAAUGUUAUAUCUUAUGUCAAUGCAGUUCUGCCAUUGAUAAUGGCAACACUCUGGGAAAUGUGCCUUUUUGAUAUAAAACUGCCUCUUUGUUAUUUAGAACGAAUGACCUCAACACUAGUCACCUUAAAUAUGCAGUAACAAGAAUUUUGUCAUAGUGAACUCUUGCAGUAUUAUAUGAGCAUGUGAUAUUUAAUAUGUAAUAUUUUUCUUGUUUUCAAAAAUCUUUUUUAUGCAAUUAGGUAUUUACUAUUUAGUGUACAAUUGCUGCAUGUAUAUUUUGACAUUUUUAAUAAAAUAUUUUAU